CCCGGCGAAGCGGAAGCGCGCUCCUUUUACGACAGAGCGCGCCUUUGCGGCGGUGUGUGCGGGGAGCCGAGAUCGAGCGGGGAGCGCGAGCAGCGUCCGGAGCGGAGCGGGUGGCGCGGCUGGAGAAUGUGCGGCGGCUGAACCAGAACAGGGGAGAAGAAUGAAAGGAAAGACAGAUGAAAGGAUGCUGAGGAAGUAUGUAAGGCUGUAUGAUGGAUGGCAACAGAAAGGAGAAUUCCUUUUGCAGUAGGCCUGUUGGAUGCCUAAAUCUACCUGAUGAUGAUGAUGGUGACAUUUCUAAACAGUGGCUCUGGAAAAUCUCAAAUUGCUUUUCAACAGUUGAACAGAUAUUACCGUCCAGUAAAAAAACGAAACAUUACAUGGAGACCAACAAACCCAUACUUGAAUUGAAGCAUGUUCCCCUUCCCUCCCAUCAUGCUAAUUCUAAUUUCUUUGCAAACACUCCCCCUUCUGACAUUCAGUCUUUUCCAAAGCAGCAGUCAGCUGGCAGGAAAGUUAGUUGCUGUCCGCAUUGUUUCAUCCAAAUUCAAAAUGGUAAUGGUUGCAUUCACUCAAUUGGUAAUGACGCUUCAGAACACACAAAUACUGGAACAGUUACAUGUCAAAUAAGUUCAAUGCCUACCUUCCACACAAAGUACUGUAAAGCAACUACAGCUAAACAUCUUUUGGAUGGAACUCCAUGCCACUUGACUAGCCCCUAUACUGAGAACAUUGUCUCCAGUUAUCAGCUUCAGCCACCCCUUUCCCAGAAUCUAUCUUGUUGUGGAAAUCUCUUCAAACAGUCCCAACCCUACCAUUCGAGUGUCUCAAAACUGCAUCAAGUUCCUGUGCAUCAGAGCUACAACACAAAUAGUCAUUUUUCCUGCACAGAGCUCACUGGCAGAGUUAGUGGGCAUUUGGAAAACCAAGAGAAUCAAGAUGACCAACCAAAACGUGUUUGCACCAACUCUUUACCUUUGCACGUGCCUUCUAUGUUUCUGAAAAAUUCACAUCGCUGUGAUGAUUGUGCAAAUAAGUCACCCAAGCGUCCUGUUUUGGAUACAACAAAGAUUUGGCCAAAUAUUCCCCCACCAAUUCAGUCCGUUCCAGUUUCUAUAUCGACGUGCAAUGGUGCUCAGAAUGAAGAUCAAAUGACGGAGACACCAAUCCUAACAGCAGGAAAUUUGGGCCUCCAGCCUCAGAAGUAUGGAUUAUCUGAUGUAGCAAUACCAGGCCAACAACAGGAGAAUCUACCACCUAUUGGGGUGUUUUGGGAUAUAGAAAAUUGCUCUGUCCCAACAGGACGGUCAGCCAUGACAAUAGUACAGCGAAUCCGUCAACAGUUUUUCCAAGGUCACAGAGAGGCAGAAUUCAUUUGUGUGUGUGAUAUUAGCAAAGAGAACAAGGAAGUUAUCCAGGAGCUUAAUAAUUGCCAGGUGACAGUUGCACAUAUAAAUGCAACAGCAAAGAAUGCUGCCGAUGACAAGCUUAGACAAAGUUUAAGGCGAUUUGCUGAUACUCACACAGCUCCAUCCACUGUUGUUUUGGUAUCCUCUGAUGUCAACUUUGCCUCAGAACUCAGUGACCUUCGGCAUCGGCAUGGUUUUCAGAUCAUUUUGGUGCAUAAGAAUCAAGUUUCAGAUGCACUUCUACAACAUGCACACAAACAUAUCAAAUUUGAGGAAUUUGUUUCUAACUUACCACCAAGAUUACCAGAGAAAACACAACAAUGUCAUACUCUUCUGUAUGUGUACAAUUUGCCAAUUAAUAGAGACAGCAAGCAAGUCAGCAACAGACUGCGCCGUUUGUCUGAUAAUUGUGGUGGAAAAGUUCUAAGCAUUACUGGCAGCAGUGCAAUCCUUCGUUUUACCAGCCAGGAAAGUGCUGAGCGUGCACAGAAGCGUAUGGAGAAUGAAGAUGUGUUUGGGAAUAAGAUUCUUGUAUCGUUUACACCAAAAAAUAAAGAUUUUUGUGAAAGCAAAAAUAACUGCAUAACAGUUGAAAAGACAAAAUCCCCUAAAAAGGCAAGUAAACUUGCAAAACUAUCUCAACUGAAUAAAGACCUUGAUGAACAAUCCCACAACGGAAAAAAUCCUUCUGUUAAGAACUCACGGACACCACAAGGAUCAGCAGUUAAAAAUGGAAAAGUCAGAAGUUUGCAGGAACUCUGUGGUAUGGAAUCCAAAACCAAGCAAAAUGUGCGGAUGCAACAGAUCAAAAAGAAAGGAUCUGAAUCUCCACCAAUAAGUCAUUCUGUUCAUUCGCCAGCCACUCCUAAAAUCACAGGAAAUGGAGAUUCUAUCAUCGGAAGUAAUAAGCAAGAAACUCCAAUAUUUUCAAGUUCAUUGGAAUCUCCUACAGAGAAAACUGAGAAGAAAGGUGACUUCUGUGUCAGUUCCCCUUCUGCUUUUUCUAAGUUGCCAGUUUCAAGACAAAACACACCACCAAUUGCAUCCCAUGGCUCCUUGUCUGCAAGGACCUUAUCCCCAAGUCUUUCCAACCGCUCCUCUCCUUUAAGCAUAAAUCAAACUCAUUGUUCUGAUGUCCAGAUGGACCCAUUUGCAAAUGGAGCAGAUGUACAGGUCAGCAACUUGGAUUACAGGAUGUCCAGAAAGGAACUUUCUCAAAUAUUGCAUGAGAUUUUCUCCAGGCAUGGCAAGGUGAAAAGUGUGGAACUAAGUCCUCAUACUGACUAUCAGCUGAAGGCAAUGGUGCAGAUGGAGAGUCUCCAGGAAGCGAUUUUGGCUGUCAAUAGUUUACACAGAUAUCGGAUAGGAUGCAAGAGAAUUCAAGUAUCAUUAGCCACUGGAAAUAUCAACAAAUCUUUGGCUUUACUUCGUUCCGAGGCUAUAUUGAUCCUGCAGGAUGCUCCAGCAUGUUGCUUGCCAUUGCUGAAAUUUACAGAACUCUAUGAGAAAAGAUUUGGACACAAAUUGAUCGUGUCUGACUUGUACAAAUUAACUGACACAAUAGCUAUCCGUGACCAAGUAAAUGGACGAAUGGUUUGUCUCUUGCCCAGCUGUCAGGCAAGACAGAGUCCAUUGUCUUCUGCUUUGUCAUAUGAUGGGUCAUCAGCCAAUUGUAGCCCAGUAGUAUUUGAAGAACUAGAAUACCAUGAACCAAUCUGUAAACAGCAUUGUUCAGAUAGAGGUUACAGCGAGAAUGAAUUUGAUCCAGAUUCUUACAAAAUACCAUUCAUCAUAUUGUCCCUAAAAACAUUUGCACCACAAGUUCAUAGUCUUUUGCAUACACAUGAGGGAACUGUACCACUUCUCAGUUUUUUAGAUUGCUAUGCAUCUGAGUUCACAGUUUUGAAGAUGGUGGAAGAGGGUGAAGGUGGUGUACCUUUGGAACACCUCAUAACCUGUGUCCCUGGUGUUAACAUUGUCACAGCACAGAAUGGUAUUAAAGUUGUAAAAUGGGUUCAUAACAAUCCACCGCCACCUAAUGCUGAUCCUUGUUUGCUACGGUGUAGGAGUCCAGUGGGGAAUCCUCAGCUUAUUCAGUUCAGUAGAGAAAUAAUUGAUCUAAUGAAGAACCAGGCUCAUUGUGUCAUAUCUCAACACAAAUUUAUACCAACUUAUCAUCAUCAUUUUGGAAAACAGUGCAGAGUUUCAGACUAUGGCUAUUCCAAACUAAUGGAGUUAUUGGAAGCUGUGCCUCAUGUUUUACAGAUCCUUGGUUUGGGCACCAAACGCCUGCUUACAUUAACUCAUCGAGCACAAGUAAAGCGCUUUACAAAAGAUAUACUUAAACUACUUAAAUCUCAGGCCAGCAAACAGGUGUUCAUAAAAGAAUUUGGACAAGCGUACCACUGGUGUUUUUCAAAGGAUUGGGAUGUCACAGAGUAUGGUGUGUGUGAACUGGCUGAUCUGCUUUCGGAAAUACCAGACACUACAAUCUGUAUUUCGAAACAAGAUGAAGAUACAGUGAUUUCUAUCCCAAAGAGAGAGCGUACUCCAGAGGAAAUAGAGAGAACAAAGCAAUUUGCAAAAGAAGUAGUGGAUCUACUGCGACAUCAGUCUCACUACCGCAUGCCCUUUAGUAAAUUUAUACCUACAUACCAUCACCAUUUUGGGCGCCAGUGCAAACUUUCACACUAUGGCUUUAACAAGCUCAUGGAACUGUUUGAGUCUAUACCUGAAGUGUUGCAGGUUCUGGAGUGUGGCGAGGAAAAAAUUCUUGUUUUAACUGAAAGUGAACAGAUAAAAGCACUGACGGCACAGCUUGUUAAAUUGCUGCGGUCACAAAAAGACAGUUGUAUGAUGUUAUCUGAUUUCCUUUCUGAGUACAACAAUACUUUUGGAUAUUCUCUGCGCCUUCAAGACUAUGAUGUCAGCACUGUUGGAGAACUUAUGCAGAAGUUCUGCCAUGUUGUAAAGGUUACUGACACGCCAGCAGGUAAGCAGCUCCAACUGAUAAACAGGAAGUCUCUUCGCACACUUACUGCUCAACUUCUAGUGCUGCUGAUGUCUCUGGAUGGCACUUCACAAAUGAGAGUUGAGGAUCUUGGAAAACGUUUUGAUUCCACUUAUGGAAGUCCUCUUGUCCCAUCUGAAUACGGUUUUGUGUCCUUGGCAGAACUAUUGAAGAGCUUGCCAUACUUGGUUGAGGUAUUCACUGAUGACGUGGGAGAAGAAUGUGUCCAACUCACCAAAGUGUAUCAGUUUGCUAAGAACGUGCGAGCCUUGUUGCACACCUACCACUAUCAGCAAAUUUUCCUUACUGAAUUUCCUUCCACUUACCAUAAGUAUACUGGUGAAGUGCUACAGCCUAAAAUAUAUGGAUAUGCAAGCAUAGAGGAUCUUCUUGUUGCUAUUCCACAGGUCAUCUGGAUAAAAGGACAUGGGCAGAAAAGAAUAGUGGUUUUAAAAAAUGAUAUGAAAGUUCGAAGCAGCUCUGAUAGUUGUUCUCCGGCAUCAGUAGCUGAAGAACUUGAGCAGAUGCAAGAAGACCCAAAGCGGCCAGCAACCUUGGUUUUGGAGAACUCGAGCAAAAAUGGGACAACAGAGUUUAACACUCCCAGCUCCAGUUCAAACCAAAUUGAACAGGAACUUCUCAGCCUUGGGAAACAGUCUCCAAUUGACUUGCUGUGUGGACCUGUCCCAUCCUGUUUGCCAUCCCCGCAGCUCAGACCUGAUCCAGUUAUUCCUGAAAGUACUGAUCUUAUUCAGUUUGAGGAACUUGAUGUUGCAGACAUGUUGAUCUUGACAGAGGAGGAGAAAAAUGUCCUUCCUGCAGCCAUGACUGAAGAGGCAUUUACCAGUGGCAAUCUCAACAACCAGAUGGAUGAAAAUGUUCCCACUACAUCCCAAGAUGUACGUGAAUCCAGGUCACUGCACAUGGAAGUGACUAACAGCCCUGUUAAGAAGCCUAGAAACAAAGUGAAGUUGGCAGCAAAUUUCUCAAUGGCAUCCCCUAUUAAUACUUAAAUGAAUUGAAAUAAAGAAAAGCCUUGUACUUGCAAUUUUUAUUACUUGAAGCAUUUAAAUGGAUUCUGAAGUACUAAAUCCAAAGAAUUGGACUCGCCUUUUAUCUUCACCUUCUAUUUCUGCAUUUAAUCUAGUUUAAGAAAACCUCAAAAGUAAAGCUUAUAGGAAGAAAAUUUAGUUUGUAUUUGGAGCUUGACCCAAACAAUUUGUUCAUUUUACAUUAGUCCAUAUUCUUUAUGGCUUCUACUUAAGAUUCCAAGAUUUGCAUAUAGUUUGUUAUAAUGUAGUUAUUAGUAAUGUUUGGCUAAUGAUUUGGCUCUGAAGGUCAAAGAAAGCUAUUUUUCUUGCAUUAAGAUGCUUAUUCAUGUACUAUCCCCACAACUUCCAUGAUGCAGUAGAUAAAUUGACAGCUGAAAAUCUGGUUGCGGUUUGUUUUGAUCCAAUACAUGUAGAUCAGUAAGUCUUGUAUAAUAUAACAGUACAAGUGUAUUUGAAAUGAUUAGAAUGUCACUUGAAUGGCUUGUAAUUUAAAAGUCAGUUUCCAGUUUUGUUCACGUCUGUGGAAAGAAUAGUGUCCAUUUCAUUGGUAGUGUUGAUGUCCUGUAGUUGAAGAAGUUCCUGGUGUUGCAAAUUGUGCUGGGAUGUGAAGAUGUCCCAUAACGUCUGGGUUGAGUAUUGUACUGCAAGUUGGUUUAAUCAGUCAUCUCCAAGCCUGAUCUGGUUAAUUACAUCUAGAACCUGAGACCACCAUUGCCUUAGCAGUCUGCUACUCUUAUGGUGUUUCUCUAGUCCAAUGCCAGUGGCACUGGUGCAACGAUAUAUUUAAGGUGAAAUAUGCAUUUAUUGCAUAAAUCACAGGUGAUGGGUCAGGAAAGGAAAACCGUUUAAAAGCUAUCAUUUUCCACUUGACAGUUAAUGGAACUGAGUCUCCCCCCUGAAAGUGGAAAUGUAAAGGUUUUGUUGUUAAACCUUCUUUUUAAAGCCAUGUUUCAUUGGGGAGUUCUGUGAAAACUAACAGAAGGUUGUCUUUUUAUUGUGCAGUGCUUUUAUUCCAUUGUUUUCAGUAUUUGCUGUUGGGAAGUUUUAUGUCUGUGAUCGCAGCGCCAGUGUGAGGACAUUGGGCAAGGUUGAAAGGAUUGAAACUACGUAGCAGAGGAUUUAUUAGGCCUUCUGGACAGAUCCUGGCUUUUACAAUGGAUUGUAUUUGCCAGGCUUCUAGAUUACAGUUAACCUAUUUUAUACAAGAAAGGUUCUCCACUGGUGUCAGAUUGUUUAGUGGUAUAAGGUGUAUUUACUGAAAUGAGCUAUUUCUAUGGACAUGCACCUGUCACAGUGCAGAUUUAUAACAUGCAUAAAAACUGAGAGAUCAGCUUCAGAAAUAUUUUUUAAAAAAAGCAAAACUGGAAUGAAUUUAAUAUUUUUAUAGAUAUCUGUUCCAUUUUAAAGCUGGAGCUCAGAUCCUGAAAGGUAUGUUUGGAUAAUGUUUGUGCAUUAAUACAUGUAGAUUUUUAAAAGAAAAAUCUUACUGAAAAUAGCAGUUUAGUACUAAAAAAAAACUGCUGUGCAGGAACUAUUGUCAAAUACCUUUUCAGUCCAUGUUCAAAAUAUGGAACAGUGAUAUUCUUGUACUAUUACAAGCCACUCAAGUCACUUGAUGCUAGGUUUCUGGAUUGUGAUGCCUAAACUCCACAAUAUCUAUGGUUCUAGUCCUGAAAUUGUUCAGUUAUGCAGUUUUGCAUAGAUUUGUGUUGGUAUUCACUAGAUUGAGUAACAAACUUUGUAUAGCCUAUGUAAACUGGUAGAAACAGAUUGGUUUGAGGUCUUCAAACAUUAUUAUGUUGGCUAAAUAUUGGAUAUUUCUGAAAAUACGACAAGUGCUUCUGCUUUGUUUCCUUUCUAUGAAUGUCCAACAAAAUUAAAACCAGUAUUUAAAAAAAAAAGUUUCCAAAUGCUGGAUACUCUUGUUUGGGACCAAAUUUAUUUUGAAAUAAAUAUAAAAUUUUACAGCAAGCAU